AUGCCUAAGACUCCGCAAAAAAUCGGCACUAACACAGAAUUUCCUAAAGAUUUGGUUAUUCCAGACGCCUUAAAGGUUCCUUCUGGGAAUGUUCUCAAAUUCGUGUUGCAUGCUACUGCACUAUUUCAUUUUAAGUGGUGUACUGAAGCCGAUGGUCCUACUUGCAAAUAUUAUGGAAGUGAUGCAUAUCUCUUCAAUGACGCUAAAGACGUUGCCAAUGCUCCGUAUUCAUAUGUAGCUGAAAUUAAAGUUAUUGAUUCAACAAUGGGUGACGAAAUCGGUUCCAGUGCCCCGACAAGCGUUACAAAAUCUCUUCUCAUGAAUGAUACUUCUUCUCUUGAAUUCAAACCAAUUGCUUUGAUUGACCCACCCAAUCCAGAAGUUGACCAUAGCUGGGCUUUAGUAGAAGCUUCUAAUAAUAAAGGAACUGGUGCAUUCUGUGAUAUUACUUAUGUCCAAGUAGUUAACACUGCUAAUGGUCAUUCUCCGGCUAAAAGUGAAUAUUGCGGAAAAUAUCCUGACGGACACAUUUCCAGUAUUCCUGCCCAUG